CCGGCAGCGGCGUGUGGGGCCGCCGGGUCGGGGCCGGGCGCCCGCCCUGAGGGGACGGCGGUGGCGGCAGCGGCAGCAGGCAGUGGCUGUGGGCUCCGGGACGGCUCUUGAUGUGUCUUCACAGAACUGGGGUGUGACAUCUCACCUCUGUGGACAGCAUUUCUGGACCUGCUGACACCUGUACCACUCAGCCUAGUGCAAUGUCAGGCCAUCACACUCCCUCUGCUGGGGGUCCUUUCUCAGCACUCACACCCAGCAUUUGGCCUCAGGAGAUCCUGGCAAAGUACACACAGAAAGAAGAAUCCGUCGAGCAGCCAGAGUUCCGCUAUGAUGAAUUCGGUUUCCGAGUUGACAAGGAAGAUGGUGCUGAGCCAAACUCCAGCAAGCUUCUGGGGGUCCCACUGACAGAGGAGCCACAGCAGAGGCUCAAAUGGCAGGCUCAUCUGGAAUUCACACACAACCAUGAUGUGGGCGACCUCACCUGGGACAAAAUUGAGGUCACCCUGCCACAUUCAGACAAGCUGCGCUCCCUGGUGCUGGCCGGCAUCCCACAUAGCAUGAGGCCACAGCUGUGGAUGCGCCUUUCAGGGGCUUUGCAGAAGAAGAGGAACUCAGAGAUGUCAUAUCGAGAUAUUGUGAAGAACAGCUCUAACGAUGAAACCAUUGCUGCCAAACAGAUUGAAAAGGACUUGCUACGCACAAUGCCCAGCAACGCCUGCUUCUCCAACAUGAACAGCAUCGGGGUGCCACGGCUGCGCAGGAUACUACGGGGACUUGCCUGGCUCUACCCAGACAUUGGAUAUUGUCAGGGCACUGGCAUGGUGGCUGCCUCUCUGCUACUCUUCUUGGAGGAGGAAGAUGCCUUCUGGAUGAUGUGUGCUAUCAUUGAGGAAUUGGUUCCUGCCUCCUACUUCAGCACCACCCUCAUGGGUGUGCAGACAGACCAGCGUGUCCUGCGGCAGCUCAUCGUGCAGUACCUGCCCCGCCUGGACAAGCUGCUUCAGGAGCACGACAUUGAGCUCUCCUUGAUCACCUUGCACUGGUUCCUCACCUCUUUUGCUAGUGUUGUCCACAUCAAGCUGCUGCUGCGUAUUUGGGACCUCUUCUUCUACGAGGGCUCUCUGGUGCUGUUCCAAGUCACUUUGGGCAUGCUAAGUAUGAAGGAGGAUGAGCUGAUCCAGUCUGAGAACUCUGCCUCGAUCUUCAACACGCUGUCAGACAUCCCGAGCCAGAUUGAAGACGCAGAUGUGUUGCUGCGAGAGGCCAUGCGCGUGGCUGGCUCGCUGACGGACGUGGCGGUGGAGACCCAGCGCCGCAAACACCUGGCCUACCUCAUCGCUGAGCAGGGGCAGCUGCUCAACUCCAGCACCACGGUCAACAACCUAUCCAAAAUUGUGCGACGCAGGACUCAGCGCAGGAAAUCCGGCAUCACCUCUCUGCUUUUCGGGGAUGAUGAUCUGGAGGCACUGAAAGCCAAGAACAUCAAGCAGACAGAGCUGGUGGCUGACCUGCGUGAGGCCAUUCUCCAGGUGGCACGGCACUUUCAGUGUGUGGAUCCCAAGAACUGCAUAAUUGAUCUGACCCCAGACUACAGCAUGGAGAGCCACCAGCGGGACCACGAGAACUACGUGGCCUGUUCCCGCAACCGGCGCCGCCGAGCCAAGGCACUGCUGGAUUUUGAGCGCCACGAUGACGACGAGCUGGGCUUCCGCAAGAACGACAUCAUUACGAUCAUUUCCCAGAAGGAUGAGCACUGUUGGGUGGGGGAGCUGAAUGGACUGAGAGGUUGGUUUCCUGCAAAAUUUGUGGAGAUCUUGGAUGAGCGGAGUAAAGAGUACUCCAUCGCUGGAGAUGACUCUGUCACAGAGGGAGUGACAGACUUGGUGCGAGGGACACUCUGUCCAGCCUUGAAGUCCAUAUUUGAACAUGGAUUGAAGAAGCCAUCUCUGCUGGGGGGUGCCUGCCACCCUUGGCUGUUCAUUGAAGAGGCUGCAAGCCGGGAAGUGGAACGGGACUUUGACUCCGUGUAUUCUCGCCUUGUGCUCUGCAAGACUUACAGGCUUGAUGAAGAUGGCAAAGUCCUCACUCCAGAGGAGCUGCUUUACCGGGCGGUUCAGGCUGUGAACAUGACACACGAUGCUGCACAUGCACAGAUGGAUGUGAAGCUUCGUUCUCUUAUCUGUGUUGGACUCAACGAGCAGGUGCUGCAUUUGUGGCUGGAGGUGCUGUGCUCAAGCCUGCAGACUGUGGAGAAGUGGUUCCAUCCCUGGUCGUUCCUGCGCAGUCCUGGGUGGGUGCAGAUCAAAUGUGAGCUGAGAGUCCUCGGCAAAUUUGCUUUCAGCCUCUCUCAGGACUGGGAGCUGCCAAUAAAGAGGGAGGAGAAGGAGAAGAAGCCACUGAAAGAAGGGGUGCAAGACAUGCUCGUGAAGCACCAUCUCUUCAGCUGGGACAUAGAUGGGUGACCCCCACCCUGCCCCAUCCUGGGGACCUUCUCAAUGGCCACACUCCUCUCCUCCACCCCAUCAUGUCUCACCCCCUGCCCUUCCCCACCCCACCCACUUGUAUCUGUGACAAAAUCCCCCCUGGGGGCUGCCAAACCACCUGGGACAGAUGGAGCAGUGCCAGGAGGCUGAGCUGCAGACCCGAGGGGGCUGAUGGUUGAGGGUGAUGCUGCAAAGGGACAAGUGUGUUCUGGCUACUAAAAGCAAGUGCCCCCUCCCAGUUUUCCACAUCUCUGCCACCCCUAUCUUCUGCUUUCCUCGGCCCUGCCUCCCCAGCAGUGCCCAGGGGAGCAGCCUGGCUGGAGGCAUUGUGCUCUGCCCCAUGGGCCAGCAGUCACCUGUGGGGAUGUGAGCAUUCUGUGGCUGGAGCUGUGGGGAAGAGAUGGCCCUUUUGGGGUGGCUUUGAUCCAUGAGAGCUGGUGCCACUGACAGUUGGCACUGCAGCUGCGUGGGGAAUUGGGCUGGUGAGAGACUCACUGCUGUACAGGAGCAGCGAGAGCACAUCCCCUCCCCAUGGCGGCCAAGGGCUCCCCUCUGCUAGGGAGACAUGUACAAGUUCCUUUGACUUGGAGCUAAGAAGGGGGAACUGGCAUCAGUUUCAUCCCACCUCCCUGGCACUGGUGUGGGGUGUUGACAGGAGUUGCCCAAAUUUACCAGCCUGUUACCACUGUAACAGCCUUAGGGGAUGGUCAUUGUCUACUCUGGGAGCAGACAAAAACCACCUCUCCUCUAAACAAGAGUAUUUCAUGCUGUCAUUUUAGUCUUGAGAUGAUUUUUACUGUUAACCAAAAAGCUGUAAAUUUACUCCAGGAACAUGUAUAUUUUGGCACCGUUGUAGCUCAGGACAAGGUUUAGGUUGGAGCUGGCUCAGGGAGACUAACUCGUCCUCCGUGCCCUGCGAUGGCAACGGGGAGGUGGGUCAGGAGUGGAGAAUUGCUGCUUUGUGGUGGUGGCUCUGGAUACGGAGUCUGUGACUUUCUACUGAAAGCGCUUGUCUGUGAGCACAAACUACUGAUGGGAUGACACUAGAUUCUUACUUUCCUUUAUUUGGUGGGUUUGUAAAUAAAAACUGCGUCUUGGGA